GAAAUAGAGUCGGACUUGGUAGUGGAUAGCUUCCGGAAAUGGCGGUUUAGGAGAGAGAAUCCGAAUCUUCAAAAGUGAUUCGUUUUUGGGAAGUUCGGAGACGAAAAAGAAGAGGAGAGACGUAACGAUUUCCAAUAGUUUUUUUUUUCUUUUCUUUUCUCCCAAAACUCCUAUAUUUGAUUUCGAUCUCUGUUGGGUUCGAUUGAUGUUGAUGCUGAGACUUUAACGCCAUGAGGAAGAAGCUCGAUACUCGUUUUCCAGCCGCUCGGAUUAAGAAGAUAAUGCAAGCUGACGAGGAUGUGGGGAAGAUUGCUAUGGCUGUACCUCUUCUAGUUUCUAAAGCUUUGGAACUAUUUCUACAAGAUCUUUGUGACCGUACAUAUGAGAUUACACUUAAGAGGGGAGCAAAGACUUUGAAUUCCUUGCAUUUGAAACAGUGUGUACAGAGCUUUAACGUGUUUGAUUUCCUGAGGGAUAUUGUCGGUAAAGUUCCUGAUUUAGGUGGUUCAGAUGCUGCUGGUGAAGACAAAUCUGCUGUUAAAAGAAGGAAAAUUAUUGAUGAAGAAGAAAAUGGCAGUGAGGAUGAGUUGAAGAGUGGCAGGAUGCAGGAGACUGGUCAGACUAAUAGUGGCAGAGGAAGAGGUAGGGGUAGAGGUAGAGGUAGAGGCCGUGGUAGAGGUAGUCGAACAUUAGAGAAAGAGUUGCCUGUUCAUUACGAGAAAUUUGAAGAUGAUCUGGGCAUUUCUCAGCUUAGCAAUGGGAAGCAAAAGGAAAAUCUUGAAAGGCUGGAUAGUGGGGCAGAACCUCUGAAUUCUAAGGAAAACACUUUGAUUGGUGAGAAUGCAAUUUUGCCAGUUCGGAACUUUGAUCUUAAUGUGGACUUGGAUGAGAACGGGGACUCCACAACCAUACCAGCUGUAACUCCUGCUAGUCCAUCAACAAAGCCCUCCCUUGAAAUGAAGCAUGAGGAAUACCCUUGCUGGCCACUUGUGGACAUGGAGAGAAUGACCAUUGAUCCCAUUCAACUUGCCAGUUUAAAUAGGAUAGAUGAGGAAGAGGAAGAUUAUGAUGAAGAAGGAUGACUCACUGAAAUGGCACUGUGGUUUAUGAACAUACUCAUACAGGUUGAUAGUUCUUUUCUUAGAUGUAUAUGUGUAGGUAAUGCAGAUUAGAGAGGCAAGGAAUGAGUUUGUAAAACAUGGUGAUGAGAAAGUCAGCACAGUACUUUAGGCAAUGCUGAAAUAGGAGGCUUUCUUUUUGGCCUUUUAGGAGCUUGUAUUAUACGUUUCUAUGUCAUCCACCAACAGCAACAGUUUGAAAAAAUGAUUCCGCUCUGACUAAAAGUUCGGAAAUUACACAGGUUUGUGUAAUUGACUCUUGUAGUUUGAAUUUCCUUCCCCUUUUAUUUUAUGAUUUUUUUCCUUUUAAACCCCUCUCCCCCCCAGUACCUAUCAGUUGUGUGUGUAAUUAUCAAGUGGACUGGGAUCUUCAUGAAAAUGUACAAUGUAUUACUGGGUUUCUUUUGCUUCAUUAUCAAUUUGCAGUAUGUCAUUUUGCUUCUGUAAUGUUUUAGUUGUCUUGUUGGGAUGACACAAUACAAUGGCCUUUUU